AUGGCAAUCUCCAAGACUUUAAUGGCUUCUCUUCUCAUUUCUCUUCUCCUCAUGCAUCUCGUUGAAGCUAAUCAGGUGAAGAAUAAUGUAGCACAGGAUUCUCUCCCGACAAAAAUAGAUUGUGGAGCAGCAUGUGCUACCAGGUGUCGGUUAUCGUCUAGGCCGAACCUGUGCAAUAGGGCAUGUGGGACUUCUUGUGCCCGUUGCAGCUGUGUUCCUCCGGGAACUUCCGGCAUUAAUCUUGACGUCUGCCCCUGCUAUGCCAACAUCACCACCCGUGACAACAGACGCAAGUGCCCUUAAAAUAUUGUCAUGCCUUCAUUUCGAUGGGUAUUUUUGAGGUGUUUUAC